UCAUUUCUUAUCACCAAAAUUGACCGAAAAGAAACCAAAACAGUAGUUUUGCGUCUAAAGAAGCAGUUAGCACAGAAUAAAAUCUGGGUCUGGAACACUGCAUAAGAAUGGAAUAGAUUUACAGUGAUUUCCCUUUUCUGAACGCUUCGCUUUGUUGGAAAUCCAUUCCGGGUUUUAUAUUAACCGCUCCAUUCAUACUAGUGAGCGAAACCCAUCCGUUUCCGCUUAUUUUAGCGAUACAAAACAGAUACUGCGAACUAGUAUUUGCUAUUACCGUAUUGACCCGAAUAUAAGACGACGUUUUUUCCUUGGAAGUACAUCUGAAAAAACGCGUUCGUCUUAUAUUCAGGGUCUAGACUUUGACAUGUCAAUAAUACACCCACAACAAUAGGUGGCGCCAAAAACGCAUAAAACGAGUGUGCCAUGAAAUAUGUAAUGUGUGUUGUAAAGAUCGCGAAUGAAAACAAAUGAAAAAGAAAAGCUUACAGCAGCAUGAUCAUGACUGUAUGUUAGCCUGAUGGGACCAAACUUCCUCUGAUGUCAGAAUCAGCCUCACAGCAGGAGCGGCUCCAGGCUAUUGCAGAAAAGAGGAAACGACAGACAGAAAUUGAGAACAAGAAAAGACAACUAGAGGAUGACCGACGGCAGCUUCAGCACCUCAAGUCAAAGGCACUGAGGGAAAGAUGGCUGCUGGACGGUGCGCCCACUGCAGGAUCGGAGGAAGACGAGACCACAAAACAGUUGCGGGAAGAUGAGGCCAAAACCAGAGGUCUUGAGGAGACUAUUCUCAGACUGGAGAGAGAGCUGGAGGAGCUAGAGACAGGUGUGUCUGCAACAUCCACCAAAGAGAACCUGUCGGAUGCAAUACAGGAAGUCAAUACCAAGACAUUCGAAAAAACGAUUGUGAUGGACUCUGUGACAGACUCUGUAACAGAGGUCAAAGUUCACGUCAGCCCUCGUCUGGAGAAAUCCGGAGGUGUCUCUGACAUGAUGAGAGCAGCGAUGUACUCCGUAGAGAUCACAGUUGAGAAGGACCUGGUGACUGGCGAGACCAAAGUCCUGUCCACUAACACACUGCUCCCCAAAGACCUCUUGCAGCAGGGCGUCAAGGUCUAUGAGGAUGAACAGAAAGUGGUGCAUGAGGUGCGCAGUGUGGAUGGUGCAGUAACCAAUGGCGUUCACCAGCUCAGCUCUUCAGAGGUGGAAGAGCUCCUCCACAAGGCUGAUGAGGUGACCAUGAGCGAGAGCAGCAAGACUACGCCGCGACUGGAGCGAGGGCAGGCCGAGAAGGUGGAGAAGGUGGAGAAAGUAGAGAAAGACGUAGUCCCAGCCGCAGCCCCCAUAAAGGAGAUCACAGGUGUAGAAGCCAAACCUGCAACCCCUCAAACAGAAGUGGGCGGGGCCAGCACAGAGAACCCAGUCACAAUGGUUUUCAUGGGCUACCAGAGCGUUGAGGAUGAGGAUGAAACAAAGAAGGUUUUGGGGAUGGAGAGCACGACUGUGAAGGCUGAGGUGGUGCUCAUCGAGGAUGGAGAUGCCAAGACCGCCACCGGUGACGCCAAGCAGGAACAGGCGCCCCCUAAUGGCAGCCCAGCAGAGCCACCGAAGGCUGAAGAGGCGGCCGGCGAGUCGGGACAGCAAGAAGGGGGCGCUGCUGAGGUCAAGAGCAAAGAGAAACAACCCUGCAAGUGCUGCAUCAUCAUGUGAGCCCAAACACGCCCUCCCAAACACAGACUUUACUGAUGAAAUGCAACAACAUACAGAGAGAACAACAGCAAGGCUGAGAGGAAUAAACGUUCAGUAUCUUUUGAUAGAAGCUGUUGUUUCUUUAAUUGAUUUUUACCUGUUUUAUAUUUUCUAUAUUGCUUUAUCUUUUCCCCUUGAUCCUCUCUAACCUCAUUUGAAUUUUAUGCGUUUUGUUCUUUUUUUUUUUUUUGUGGCUGAAAUGAAUCGAGUCAUAUGCGCUCCUGUGAGAGAAGUAUGAAGAUUUGACCCUUUAACUGAAAUGAACUGAUCAAACCCCUUUAAUCAGCAUUUACUUCACAAAUUUUUUAGUCUUACCUUUCCAUAUGGAAGAUUCAAAUAUUUCCCAUAAUUGUAUAAUAUAUCUGAUUUUUUUUAAAGCCUGUUUAUUUUGACUUUCAUUUUGCAGAGCAUGUACACUACAAAGUAUUUUCACUUUCACAUCAAAAGAAAAGAUUGAAGAAAAUUAUUGAUCUCAGCAUUGUGCACUGCACUGUAUUUAUUACUGAUGAAGCUGUGAGAAGUAUUGCAAUUAUUUUUAUUUUAUUUUAUUUAGUUUUUCUAAUUAGGAAUAAAACCUGUGGGAUUGACAGAGCACACUUUGCAUUUGCUUAGAAAUGACGGGAUUGUUUUAAACCAUCAUACAGGAGUUUUAAAGGAAUGUUCUGGGUUCGAUACAAACUGAGCUCUCGAUUAAUACAGAAAAUAAUUUUGACUCAUCCCUCAGUUUGUAAUGGAAAAAAAAGUGUUUACAAAAAUGUAAACUUUUUUUUUUUUUUGAACAUAUGAAUCGUUCCUUACAAAUAAUAGGUGUUUCUGGAGCUGUAAAUCUGUAAAGUUUGGGGUCUGUAUUUUUAAAUGCUUUUAAAAGACAUUUCUUAUGCUCACCAAGGAUGCAUUUAUUAGAUCAAAAAUACAGUAAAAACAGUAAUAUUGUGAAAUAUUAUCAUAGAAUAUCACAUAGCAUCAUUCAUUUAUUAAAGGAUUUUGAUUUCAUCUGGUUUUAAAACCAUUUCUCUACUGAUGGCCAUUUAAAAGUAGCUUUACGUAUAUUUAUUUUAUCAAACGUACAGUAAAAAGUGAAAUAUUAUUAUAAUUAAAAAUAACUCUUCUCUAUUUUAAUAUAUUUUGAAAAGUAAUUUAUUCCUGUCAUGCAAAGCUGAAUUUCCAGCAUCAUUACUCCAGUUUUCAGUGUCACAUGAUAUAUGAAUAUGAUGCUCAAGAAACAUUUCUUUUUAUUAUCAGUGUUAAAACAGCCAUGCUGCUUGAUAUUUUUGUGGAUGCCUCGCAAUAUUGUUUCAGGAUACUUUCAUGAAUAGAAAAAUUAAAAAGAACAGUGUUUAUUUAAAUGAGAAAUGUUUUAUAAAAGACUUUACUGUCACUAUUGAUAAAUUCAAUGCAUCCUUGCUGAUUAAAAGUAUUUAAUUAUUAAAAAUAUAUAUACUAUAUAUUUUUAAUAAUUAAAUGC